CACAAAAACAAAACAUUACGUCACUAAGAUUUGCUAGGCCGCAAAGGCUGAUGGGAGAUCGUUGCGGUUUGAGAGACAUUUUGGAUUUAAAGGGGCUGGGCUAGCCGAAGGUUCUAGCUGUCGGUUUCCCUGAGCUCAAAUAAAGAUGUCCACCAUGGUGUAUCCACGGGAAGAGAAGCUCGAGAAGCUCUCUCAAGAGGAAAUUAUCUCUAACACCAAGUUGGUAAUCCAGGGUCUGGAGGCCCUGAAGAAUGAGCACAACUCAAUCCUCCACAGUCUCCUGGAGACAAUUAAGUGCCUGAAGAAGGACGAAGAAGCCAAUCUGGUGCACGAGAAGUCUAACCUGUUACGCAAGUCAGUGGAGAUGAUUGAGCUAGGACUUGGUGAAGCACAGGUGAUGAUGGCCCUGUCCAACCAUCUGAAUGCGGUGGAGUCCGAGAAGCAGAAGCUGCGUGCGCAGGUGAGGAGACUUUGCCAGGAAAACCAGUGGCUGAGGGACGAGCUGGCUAACACCCAACAGAAGCUGCAAAAGAGCGAACAAAAUGUCGCCCAGCUUGAGGAAGAGAAGAAACAUCUGGAGUUCAUGAACCAGCUCAAGAAAUAUGAUGAAGACGCCUCCCCCACUCAGGAGGAAAAGGAUAAAGAUACACCAAAGGACUCCUUGGAUGAUCUCUUCCCUAAUGAUGAGGAGGAGCAAGGCCAAGGAAUGCAGCACCAACACAACAGUGCAGCGGUGGCUGCAGCCCAGCAGGGAGGCUAUGAGAUCCCGGCUCGCCUGAGAACCCUGCACAAUCUGGUGAUCCAGUAUGCUUCUCAGGGCAGGUACGAGGUAGCUGUCCCUCUCUGCAAGCAAGCUUUGGAGGACCUGGAGAAAACCUCUGGACAUGAUCACCCUGAUGUGGCUACCAUGCUCAACAUCUUGGCCUUAGUUUAUAGGGAUCAGAAUAAGUACAAGGAAGCCGCCCAUCUUCUCAAUGAUGCUCUGUCCAUCCGGGAAAAAACUUUGGGGAAAGACCAUCCAGCUGUUGCGGCAACAUUGAACAACCUGGCUGUACUGUAUGGAAAGAGGGGGAAAUACAAGGAGGCGGAGCCCCUGUGCAAGAGGGCUCUAGAGAUCCGAGAGAAGGUCUUGGGGAAAGACCAUCCAGAUGUGGCCAAACAGCUGAACAACCUAGCCCUGCUGUGUCAGAAUCAGGGCAAGUACGAGGAGGUGGAGUACUACUACUGCCGGGCCCUGGAGAUCUACGAAUGUAGGCUUGGCCCGGAUGAUCCCAAUGUGGCCAAAACCAAGAACAACCUGGCGUCCUGCUUUCUUAAACAGGGGAAAUACAAGGAGGCUGAGAUUCUUUACAAAGAGAUCCUGACUCGUGCCCAUGAGAAAGAGUUUGGAUCAGUUGAUGCUGAAAACAAGCCCAUCUGGAUGCACGCUGAGGAAAGAGAGGAGAUGAGCAAGGGCAAGCACAGGGACAACACGCCGUAUGGAGAGUACGGAGGCUGGUAUAAAGCGUGCAAAGUCAACAGCCCCACUGUCAACACCACGCUGAGGAACCUGGGGGCCUUGUACCGCCGUCAGGGCAAGCUUGAAGCCGCAGAGACCCUGGAGGAGUGUGCUGUGAGAUCCCGCAAACAGGGCAUUGACCCCAUCCACCAGACACGCGUGGUGGAGAUUCUGAAGGAUGCGGAGAAUGACAAGCGAAGGAGCAGGGAGAGCUUGACCAGCGUCAAGUAUGAGAGCGGCUCUGAAACUGGCGAGGAAGUGAGUAUGGGCGUGGAGUGGAAUGGGGCCUAAGCCAUCAAGAUUAUUCCUCCAUCCCUCUCUCCUUCCCCCAACCAAUAGCUAAAGGGAUGCGUGUUGUCGCUCUCCCCCAGCUCCUCUCCAGUGCCCCCCUCCCCAGCAGAGAAAGCAUCUCUCCCCCCUCCCUCGGCUGUCACACAUCAGUCCACUGUCCAGCUGAGACCUGCCGGGGCGUUUGGUCUUCUCAUCUCGGCUUCUCCUGGUUUCCUGUCUUUUCUCUGGCGCCCUCUAGCCUUUCCUUUCACUAACCCACGUUUCACUCCUUGUGUGUAUUUGUGUGUGGAAUAUCUCCCUCCCUCCCCUCAUUUUCCUCUUCUCCUCAGCUUGCUUUGCCAUGUUACACAUAUGCACAGUAUAUUUAUUUUAACAAAAUAGAAAUGGCGGCAUAGUAGAAAACAUGGUAUUCCACCGACAACACAGUUCCUAUUAGUGCUUCAAUUCUGAAAUCGUCACCUGCAUCAUGCGUCGUAUGCUUUUUUGCUGAGGUUAAUCAAUCUCAUGUUUUGCCACAUAACAUAUUUUUUAAUACAGGUACUUUUGUGUUUAAUAUUGUGAACUAAUGUCAAGAGAUCAAAUGCCUGAACGGUUAUGGUACUGUAUAGUUUCACAUGCGUAUAUGCAAAUAUAUGCCAUGUUGGAAGCUGAGUUGGCCAGAACAAGAAGAGUCUUUGUUCUGUCGAUAAAAAAGAGCUUAUUUCAUAUUUGUAUGAUUUGUUUACAUUUUUUACAUUAUUUUGGCUUAAUGUUAAAGCAGUAGUAUUUAAAUAAAUGACAUAGAUGCCAAUGCACAGACUUGCCAAUGUCUGACUCUGAUGGCAAACAGUCAGCUGACAUCAACCUUUUGUUGCCAUGGUAAUUCAUUCUCUGGUUGCUCUUCUUGUCUUCAGUGUCCUUGCUCUUUGUACUGUUCUUUGUGUGACAUGGGAACACACAAGGCUGCGAUUUAAAAGAAAAGCUGCAUGUUGUAAAUCGUGACAGCAGAGACCAACAGGAGCAUCACACAAAGAUGAGAAAUGCAAAAAAAAUUAGUGUUCAUACACAAUGGCCUUUUAUUAUUGUUAUUCAAGCGGAAGUCGUGAUUCACAGUAGUUGGGAGUAUUUUUGUGUAUGUCCUGCUCGGACAGCGUCCACAAUGUCGACAUUGGUUUUAGUGAAAUGUGGUUUUCUUCCGCCAAAAGUAAAAAUGUUCAUACACAACAUCCACGACUGUUCCGUCACAUGUUUCACUAGCUGAAUGUGCAUUUUUAACAUCUUGGAAGUGUUGUCGUUGGCUGUACUCUUAGCGCAUUCACUCUCCAGCUUUUCACUGUUCUACUUGCAUUGAUUCUUCAUUCCUUUCAAAGAAUGCAUCUAUACCUCUACUUCAACUCUCAGCUAUACAAUUGACCAUGUGCAUCGCAUAAUUAGAACAGUAAUGUUGUGUCAGUGGAAUGCUUAUUUAUUGAUCUGUCUACUCUUGGCAUACAUAUAUAUAUAUAUAUAUAAAUAUAAAUAGUGUCUUCAUUUCCCCAAUGUGGAAGAGCAUACAUGCUUUUAGGUCUAGUAUCACUAUCUUAGUAGGUAGAACUGCGUCAUAUUUACCAGUCUGCAUUGUGAAGAUGACUGCAUCAACACUUGUGGGUAUCGCAAAUAAAGCUUUUUUUUU